ACAAGCAGAGGAUUGCAAGCAUCACAUCAGAGGGGACAGGACACAGAACACAGCGACACCCCAUACCAGCAGGAGCCAAGCCAACAUCCCAGUUACAUGCAGAACUAGGGGCUGUUCCAUCUGCAGAACUAACGGACACUGACAAAACCACGUUGUUCUGGCCAGGAGUCAUACGGACAGGUCAUGAAGGGCCAGAACCCCAUGCCCUUAACCCCUCCCCCGAAUUCAAAUGGUGACAGCAACGAUUCCUGGGAUGAGAACAAGGGCUUCUGUGAAAGUGUGGGUCCCACCAAGAAGCCUCAAACAGAACCUGUGAGACGUGCCAGGAAGGUGGAAGGAGGCAUUUUCUUUCCAAAGCCGGAGAACGCAGUCACCAUAGCCGUUUCAUCUCGGGUGCUGUUCCGCACAGAGAAAGAGCAGAAGGUGUUUGAAGAGAAGGGUGUGGAGGAAUACCUCAAUUAUCAGGUGCAACAUGAGAAUGAGCCUUUGGCCCCAGGCCCUGCAUUUCCCUUUGUUAAGGCCCUGGAGGCAGUUAAUUCACAGUUACGGGAGCUGUACCCUGAGAGUGAGGAGCUCUUUGAUAUUGUGCUGGUGACCUACAAUCAUGCCCAUGUAGGGGUGAGGCUUAUCAACACCAUUAACCACCACAAUCUGUUCAUUGAGCGCUUCUGCAUGACAGGUGGCAGCAGCCCAAUUGGCUACUUGAAAGCAUGGCACACGAACCUCUACCUGUCUGCUGAUGCAGAGAAGGUGCAAGAGGCCUUAGCUGAAGGAAUUGCAGCAGCUACCAUGUUUAUGCCAGAGAAGCAGGUUGAGGUGUCUGAGACCCAGUUGAGGGUAGCCUUCGAUGGGGAUGCUGUUCUUUUCUCUGACGAGUCUGAGCGUAUAUUUAAAGCUCAUGGUCUGGACAAGUUCUUUGAACAUGAGAGAGAAAAUGAGCACACACUUCUAGAGCAUGGUCCACUGAAGGGUUUCCUCGAGGCUCUGGGAAAACUGCAAAAGAAGUUCUAUGCCAAGGGCCACAGAUUAAACUGCCCCAUCCGCACAUACUUGGUCACUGCUCGCAGUGCGGCCAGUUCAGGCAUCCGUGCCCUAAAGACUCUGCGUGCCUGGGGUCUGGAGACUGAUGAAGCCCUGUUCCUGGCUGGGGCCCCGAAAGGGCCCAUGCUGGAGAAAAUACGACCACACAUCUAUUUUGAUGAUCAAAUGUUCCACAUAGAAGGUGCUGCAGAGAGGGGUACUAUUGCUGCACAUGUACCAUAUGGAAUAGCACAGAUGUACUCUCACAGAAAGAGCACCAACUCUGCCAAGUAGCAGUAGCAGAAUGCAGCAGGAAAAGCCAAGAGAUAUUCAAAUGAGUGUGCCAAGCAGCAACACUUGUUUUACACAUAUUUGAUUUUCAUCAAUAUUAUUUUUUGCCACAAAAGUAAUAACUAAACUCACUGGUCGCUAAUCUACUUUCAAUUUGAUGGCUGGUGCUAACUUUGGCAUUACAACAUACUGCCACAGUUGGAAGAAAAAUUCAACCCCACACUAGUCCUGCCAUUAUGUUUAUCUGGUUUCAUUCAUAAUUGUGUAAAUAUUUCAGUGCAGUUAGAUGAAACUUAAACUAUUGAAUGGUAGUUCUCUCUAUCAUUAUUCUUUUUUUCACAUGAUAUACAUGAAGUAAACUUAGUAAUAUGAUGGAGUUAAAUAUAUAUUAAGUAUUUUCUCCUUAUAAGACAGAUAAAAAAGUCAGAUGUUCUGUAAAGGCAGAAAACUGUAUAAAAGAUACACAGUUUCUUUAAGUAGGAGAAACAUACUGUAACUUUGUGUAUGUUUA